AUGUCAAGAAAUCAGUUAACUCAAGUGGUAAUAACACUACAGGAAACAGUAGUAAUAGUAAAUCCAGUAGUGGGAGUAAUGGCCGAUCUAACAACUUCAAUGGAUCACCAAGUAAUGUUGCAUCAGGUAGCAACAAUACCAAGUCUGCCAACGGUACCAACAACCGUUUUCAGAAGAACAAGAAGUAAACUUACCAGUAUGUGGACGUCUGUUCCACCACAAACAAGUUUGGAAAGAAUUGGGUCUUCCAAACUUUUGUCAAGAGGUCGUAAAUGGAUUAAAAGUCCAUCUACUUCCAAAUUUCAAGCCGAUGCUAAACCCAAUUCCGAUUUCAAUUCCAGAGGGUCCAAAAUCAGAUUGUAUCACAAAGGAAGUACAAGACUUGUUAUCAGACGAUGCCAUCGAACAAGUACUUCCAAACUGUUAUUCAAAACGCGUUUUUUACUCCAACGUGUUUACGGUUCCAAAACCUGGGACGAAUCUACAUCGUCCAGUUCUAGAUUUAAAAAGGUUAAACACCUACAUCAACAACCAAUCAUUCAAGAAGGAAGGAAUCAAGAAUCUACCAUCAAUGGUCAAACAAGGUUAUUACAUGGUAAAACUCGAUAUCAAGAAAGCUUACCUCCACGUAUUAGUAGAUCCACAAUACAGAGACUUAUUCCGCUUCGUGUGGAAAGGUUCACAUUACCGUUGGAAAACAAUGCCGUUCGGGUUAUCGACAGCUCCUCGUAUCUUUACAAUGCUGUUAAGACCUGUACUUUCUUGAAUACCAGAGACUUAUUCCGCUUCGUGUGGAAAGGUUCGCAUUACCGUUGGAAAACAAUGCCGUUCGGGUUAUCAACAGCUCCUCGUAUCUUUACAAUGCUGUUAAGACCUUUACUUCGAAUGUUGAGAGAUAUCAACGUAUCCGUCAUCGCAUACUUGGACGAUCUAUUAAUCGUCGGUUCAACAAAAGAAGAAUGUAUAUCCAACCUCAAAAAGACAAUUGACUUACUUGUCAAACUAGGCUUCAAGUUAAACCUAGAAAAGAGUGUUCUCGAACCAACUCAAUCAAUUACAUUGUUGCUCCCCAAGAAAGCUUGCUGGUUUAAAAGGAAAGUUAAUCGCACUGAAAGAUGCAGUCAUCCCAUUCAGACUUUACACUCGUCGAACAAACAAGUUUUCAUGGAUUAUCUUACACGUCUGUUCAAGCACAAACCUCCGUUAGCCUUCUCAACAAUUAACGGUCAUCGCUCUGUGUUGAAUCAGUUGUUACUCCUUAGGAAUCAAACUGAUAUUGUUAAUGAUCCAUUCAUCUCAAGAAUUAUGACUAAUAUUCACAAGUUGCGCCCUUCAUCAGCAAAGUAUAAAGAGAUAUGGGAUGCAAAUCAAGUAUUCAAGCACUUAUCUACUAUCAAAGUCAUCCCUAAGUACACAUACACUGCGCUAUUAAACAAGACAUUUGUACUCUGUAAAAUGUUUGGUUUAGCAAGAUCACCAGACUUGUUUAAGUGGUCGUUCAAAGGUCUCAUUAUUACUCCUGACUCAAUCAAAGGUCCAGUUAUUAAUGCUAAAGAACAAAGAAAUGGUGUUGUUUCAAUCUUAGAAUUAACAUCGUUAGAUGAUACAAACUCUCAAGUAUGCCCUAAUGUUAUAGAACAUUCGAAGAAUAAAAAAUUUUCCAAAGAAAAAAUGAAAUCAAUGGAAGAUCAAAUCAACAACCUUUCCUUAGCCUUUACAAGAUUCAUGAAAGAACCAAUGUUCUAUUCUAAUAAAAAUUCACGUAGCCAACCUUCUCAUGAUAACUCUGACACUGAGAAUGAACAAAGUGAAGAUGAAUCAAGUAACAAUUUCGAUGUUUCAACCGAUUAUCAAUUAUCCGAUACCUUACUUGGUCAGUACAAACAUAUGGUAAACAAUCAAGGUUUACUCGUAGAAGAAGAAUGUAUCCUCAAGAAAGAUGAGAUAUCCGAAUUGAAUAAAGUAUUCAACUUUCCAUCUAACUUCCAAGUGAAUGUCGCUCCAUUUAUUACACUUGAAGGUGUAAACAUAGAAGUAGAAGAUAUCAUCUACUUUUCAUAUUAA